AUGCGUGUAUCAGCUCUUCAAGAGAUUGGACUUGGCUCAUGACUCCUGCAUGUUUGAUAGACUACGGCUGCAAGCGCUGCCGCGACCCAGCCAGCCACUGAUAUGCCUCGCAGCGGCGCGCCUCUGCUUGCCCGAGUGGGACUUUCUCCUGGCAAGGUCACCGAGCGUUCGAACAUGCUCGAAACCCAUGCGUGGCCAUCCUCGGCUACUUUGCCCCAUGCAAGGUCGGCUCCGAUCAGCAGCAAGUCUCUUCAGAAAGCCAUGGAUUUUGGCCAGAGCGCUGUCAUCGACCCCAGCUUCAGUCAUCUGAAUCUUCACAGCGGUCAGCAACAUUCCUCUAGAGCGUCAAGUGGUGAACGUCUGUCUGCACAAGACUUCCUCCGGCGUCGAAGCUCUUCCACUCCAUACCCCGACAGCAGCGGUGCGGCCAACUUGUGGAAGGGACCUCUGUCUUCGACGACGACAUUCCAAGGCACACCUGAGCCAACUCUACCCGAAGAUCGUCGCCGCGAGCUGACAUCUUCGUCGGAUUUUUCCUGGAUCAGUGACUUCAACGAAAGUCUUCGUCUAUCCUCUACAUCGUCUACGUCCGCCGGUGCAGCCCCAAAGACCAAGAUGCUCUACCACGCCUAAGUGGCAUUUCGGGAGCAAGUCCUCGGCGUCCCCCCUGAAUCCAUUCUUGAUGGGCACGACAAGCGAACAAAUAAGAAGCAUUCUCUAUGUCAGCCAAUAUGAAGCUUGAUCCAGCGGAUGGGAAGUGGGCGCAUCGCGCAUGGCUCGUUAUUCUCGCUCUGGUCCUCGGAGCAAUUCGUUUCUCGACCGCGUCGAGAAGACAAUUAUUUCAGAUACUUCGACUUAUGAUACAUGAUACAGCUUUUAC